AUGUCCGACUCGACGACAACAUCAGCAGCAGCAGCAGGGGCAACACCCACGACAUCGACAUCGACGACGCAGCAGCACAGCGGCGACCUCAAACGGCGCGGCUCCUCGACCACCCUCCGGCCCGCCGCGCCAAAACGCACACGCUCCUCGACAGAGGCUCCCCGCGACAACGGCGACGCCCACCACCAAGAUGCAGGCAACGUCGAGUCCAUCUUUACCCUCUUCCGCGACGAGAUAGACCACCAUAACGACCGACGCGACCGCCUCAUCAAGGCAUCCCGCGACGUCACUUCCCUCUCCAAGAAACUCAUCUUCCACCUACACCGAUACUCGUUCCCCUCUGCACCGGCCGCCGCCAACAAAAAUGACGACGACGACGAGGCGGCGGCGGCGGCACGGACCGCCAAAAACGCCAAACUGUUUUCGCAGGCCGAGACAAAGGUCGACGAGAUCGUCACCCUCCUCAAGCAACUAGCGGAGCACGAGGGUCUGGGCACCGACGCUGCCGACGAUGGGCGCGGGUAUCGCUACGAGAGGAACCUCGGUGGUGGCAUCGAGGAAUUCAUCGAAGCCCUAUCAUUCCACCACUUCCUGCGACACGAUACCCUCAUCACACUGCCAGAGGUACAGGCGCGGUUCGGGGAGACGCUACGCAUCCCCGUCGAGCGGUACCUGCUGGGUCUGUCGGACCUGACGGGCGAGCUGAUGCGGCUCGCCACCAACGCCGUCGGGCAGGGCGCACCGCGCACCUACGUCGACGGCAUCCUCGCCCUGCUCCGCUCCAUCCGCGAUGGCCUCGACCCCUUUGUCCCCUUUAUCCGCGAUAUGAAGAAGAAGCAGACCGUCACCAACCAGAGCGUGCGCAAGGUCGAGGAUGUCAUGUACGCCAUCGCCGUACGCACCUCGGAAUUCGCACAGGAUCCAACGGCGCUCCAGGAAAUGGUCCGCAGGACUCUGGCCGGCGCCCCAUCCACCACCACGGCAGGGGCGGAAGAGGGGAACGACGACUAG